AAAACGACUAUCCUCGCGUCAUAUCCCCACGUAUCACUCCUCAUAAUGCAUAUUCCUUAGUAUUAUUGUAUUACGGAAAGAUUACGGUUGAAGUUGAGCAGGUUGGGCGAAACAAAUACACUUGUUCAUUGUUCUGAUUAUUUUCAUUAAUGUGAAGUUUGUGUUUAUUCUAAUCAUGGAAACGUUAUUCAAUUCAGUGUGUGGCUGACUAGUCUCAAGCAAUGGGGAGUUCUGUGGAGUAUUUAUCAAAAUCAUGGUCAUUAGAUCACCUUGUGCUAAUAAUUGGAGGCCGAUCCCUCUAUGUUGUGGUGAACGGAGUAUCAUCUGAUAUAAUUGCCAUCAAUUGCGGCGUUCCACAUAGAUCAUUUCUGGUACCAGCAUUGUUCAUACUUCAUGUCAAUCUGCAGAUGAUAGUACUCUCCAUACUCCAUAGAACUCCUAACCCUCACCAGGAGACUAAGAACUUACGACAGGUCAACGUUGUCAAUGACGAUCUUGCCGAAAUUACAGCUUUGGAAACCAAAAUGAAAUACUGUUCCCACAUAUGGGGUUCAGCACCCAAACUAACGCUGAUGCUUUUAGAUCAUAUCCAGAGAAGAGCCAUUCGCCUGGUGGGUGAAGCUGAAGCCAUACUCACUAAUAAUAUGACAUCAUUAUAG